AUGGAGGAGAUUAGAUAUUGGUCUUGGCCAGAGGUUCUUCUUGGUUUGAAACAGUGUCAAGAACUUGAUACAUCCUCUGACGCUGAGUCUUUAACCGUUAAGUUGAUGGAUGCGCUUGUGGAAAAACUAUGUUUAGCCAUUGAAGCGAGUCCCUCUAGUGCUGCUUGCUCGCCUUCGCCGGAUAGCAGCUUGUUUCGGUUUUCUUGUGACAGUAAAAGCACAGAGAGUUUCAAGAACAGCUUCUCGGACAACAUGGUGGUUCGAUGA